AUGAGUACUGUGGAAAGUAGCAAGCCGAAGAUCAUCAAUGGUUCUUGUGGUUAUGUUCUAGAAGACGUUCCUCAUCUCACCGAUUACCUUCCUGGUCUUCCUACAUAUCCUAAUCCAUUGCAAGACAAUCCAGCAUACUCAGUGGUCAAGCAAUACUUUGUUGAUGCUGAUGACAGUGUUCCUCAGAAGAUCGUUGUUCACAAGGACGGUCCAAGAGGAAUUCAUUUUAGACGAGCCGGGCCACGUCAAAAGGUCUACUUCGAAUCUGACGAAGUGCAUGCUUGCAUAGUUACCUGUGGAGGUCUUUGUCCCGGCCUUAACACCGUGAUUAGGGAAAUAGUGAGCAGUCUCUCGUAUAUGUAUGGAGUGAAGAGAAUACUGGGAAUAGAUGGUGGGUAUAGAGGCUUCUAUGCUAAGAAUACUGUCCCCUUGGACUCUAAAGUUGUGAAUGAUAUCCAUAAGCGAGGAGGGACUAUCCUCGGGACCUCACGAGGUGGCCACGAUACCGUAAAGAUAGUUGACAGCAUUCAAGAUCGAGGAAUUAAUCAGGUUUACAUUAUAGGAGGAGAUGGAACACAGCGAGGAGCAUCGGUUAUAUUUGAGGAAAUUAGACGACGUGGCCUGAAAGUUGCAGUUAUUGGAAUCCCGAAAACAAUCGAUAAUGACAUACCUGUGAUAGACAAAUCUUUUGGGUUUGACACAGCUGUAGAAGAGGCUCAACGAGCUAUUAACGCAGCGCAUGUGGAAGCCGAGAGUAUAGAGAACGGUAUCGGGGUUGUCAAGCUUAUGGGUCGCUACAGUGGGUUCAUAGCGAUGUACGCUACUCUAGCAAGCAGAGAUGUGGACUGCUGUUUGAUUCCGGAGUCGCCUUUUUACCUGGAAGGAGAAGGCGGACUGUUUGAGUACAUAGAGAAACGGCUCAAGGAGAGCGGUCACAUGGUGCUUGUGAUUGCAGAAGGUGCAGGACAAGAUCUAAUGUCCAAGAGCAUGGAAUCUAAGACUCUCGAGGAUGCAUCUGGUAACAAACUUCUUAAAGAUGUUGGUCUUUGGCUGUCACAAAGCAUCAAGGAUCAUUUUAAUCAGAAGAAGAUGGUGAUGAACCUCAAGUACAUUGAUCCAACAUACAUGAUACGGGCUGUUCCUAGCAAUGCGUCAGACAAUGUUUAUUGUACACUUCUGGCUCAGAGCGCAGUGCAUGGUGCAAUGGCUGGUUACACUGGCUACGUCAGUGGUCUAGUGAACGGAAGACAAACCUACAUUCCCUUCUACAGAAUAACGGAGAAACAGAACCAUGUGGUGAUCACAGACAGGAUGUGGGCGAGGCUGCUGUCUUCGACGAACCAGCCGAGUUUCUUGAGCCCAAAAGAUGUCUCUGAUGAUAAAGAGAAGCCCAUGUCGGCGCUCCUGGACGAUGGCAACUGUAACGGCUCCGUCGAUGUUCCUCCGGUCACCAAAGAGAUCACCAAGUGA